CGAGAAACAAAUGGACUAUUGAGCUGAAUGUUGGAGGUCCACCAUGUGGAGAAAAAACUGAUGAAAGCUGAAGACAUGAAAGUGGAUAAAAGAUGAGUGCAUGAGAGCAGAGUAAACGUCUGGAUGAAGUUUCAGGAACUACCAUGGAGGAAAACUCUGGCACCGUGGGAAAUGGCGACUGUGAAUCUGCCAGUGACAUUACCUUCAGUGCGGCCGUUGAACCGGCACCCAAACUUCAGAGGAAGCACCUGCUGUGGCAGAAUGCCGUCCGGAACAUCAUCGACCAGCACAAUCUGUAUUCGCUGAGGCUCGCCGGGGGGCUGAGGCGCGACCGGCACCGCAUCACAGUCACUGACGCCUACAUCGCAGACAUCAACAGGCAGAUCCGUAGCAAGGCGUCCCGAGGAAACUUUUGGCAGAAGCGGCGCUCUUCUGCGGCACGUAUUCACCCAAGUGCACGGCCGUCCUCUGUGAAACCCCGGCCCAAACCGUUAACUGACUCAGACUUCUUUGUGUCGUGCGGAUCAACGGUACACGGUGUCUUCAUUCCCACGUUGCAGCUAACCUUCAAGUCUGCAGACCUGGAACAGCUUUACAUUCAGUUCUCCUCAGUUCAGAGAAGAACCUCUCUGGUCGUCACCAACAUCGUGGACAUCCUUACCCGACUGCUUGUCUCACUGCUGACCUGGGCCCCUGGGUGGGGGGGCGUGGCCUGUGACUGGCUGACAGGCUUGUCAGUCAUCCUAUGGGCGGGGUUUUGUUGUCUGGCCCUCAUCAAAAGGGAGAUGAUGUCAUCAUCAUCGUGUCUUAGGUGCUUGUCCAUGCUCACCUGGGCAUCUCAGACCUUGCAAGGCCUGCUGGCCUUCUUCAGCUGGGCUGAAAGCCACCACUCCUGGUAUGUCUUCUUCACCCUCUUCUCCACAUACACCCUGAUACCGCUGCCCCUCGUCUGGUCCAUUGCAGCUGGGGCGACCACCUCUACGCUGCACCUCUUGGUGGACGUUUGCUGCAGAUACAGUGAUCACAUCGUCAUCAGAAAGGUGUUGUCAAAGACCUUGCUGUACUUGGCUAUGAACACGGCUGGACUCUUCAUUCAUUACCUGUCAGACCGGACUCAGAGGCAGAGUUUCCUGGAGACCCGGCGCUGCAUUGAGGGCCGAGUCCGGCUGGAAAGGGAGAACCAAAGACAGGAGCGUCUGGUGAUGUCCAUUCUGCCCCGCUUCCUGGUCCUGGAGAUGAUCUCUGACAUGACGGCGGUGGAUGAAUACCUUCUUCCUCAGCAGUUCCACAAAAUUUACAUCCAUCACUACAAAGACGUGAGUAUUCUGUUUGCAGACAUCAUUGGCUUCACGUCGCUGUCCUUGAUUCUUUCGGCCCAGGAGCUUGUCAAAACUCUCAAUGAGCUCUUUGGGCGGUUCGAUCGGCUGGCUGAGGAGCAUCAAUGUUUGCGCAUCAAAAUCCUUGGCGACUGUUAUUACUGUGUAUCCGGGGUGCCGGAACCUCAAAGGGGACAUGCCCGCUCCUGUGUGGAGAUGGGCCUAAGCAUGAUCAGCACAAUACGGUAUGUGCGGCGGGAGCUGCAACAGGAAGUGGAUAUGAGAAUUGGUAUCCACUCAGGUUCGGUCCUUUGCGGCGUGCUGGGCCUUCAGAAGUGGCAAUUUGAUAUCUGGAGCUGGGAUGUGGACAUUGCAAAUAGCCUGGAGGCAGCAGGACUUCCAGGGCAGGUGCACAUCUCAAAAGCCACUCUAGACUGUCUGGACGGUAUCUACCAGACCGAGAAUGGACACGGCCAGGAACGUAGCGAGUUUUUACGGAAGCACAACAUCGACACGUAUCUGAUCCGCCCUGCGCCACGGGAAGAAGCCAAACCUCUGAAGCUGAGGCGCCCCAGUUAUGAUGACAUGACAACCUGGAGCGCUGAGCUUCCAUUUGGAGACAUCCUGGGGAUGAAUUUUAUCCUCGCCACUUUCACCAACGGCUCUCUCACUCAGCUGCCCAAUCAGGUUGCAGCUCGUUCAGGAUCUCGGGAAGUCAACAAGAGGAUCCAACAGGCCAUGGAGGUCCGCAGCAGCGAGCGGAUGAGGAAGGAGCACAUCACCACCUUCACUCAGGUGUUCAAGGACGCCCAGAUGGAGGGAAAGUACUCCCAGAUGAGAGAUGAGCUCUUCAAGUCCAACAUGGUUUGUUCCUUCAUCUUGUUGCUGCUGCUCAUGGCUAUCCAGGUGCUUAUACCCGCCCCAAGACUCUGUCCCAUGUUGCUGCAGUUCCUGUGUGGCGGCUUUGUUUACUUCCUGCUGCUGCUGCUCACUCUGGGGGAGGAGUUUAAGUGUUGCCCCGCCCGACUGCAGUCCAUUUGCUGCUGGGUGCACGAAACCAAAAAUGCACGCACAGUGCUGAUGCUCACUGCCAUCACCGUCAACUUUGGGGUCGCCUCAGUAGACAUCUUGUGGUGUGAUUUGUCUGCGGUCGGUGAGUUGACUUCCUCCUCAUCUUCUCCGCCUGACGUGAACAUCUGCACCCAUCCAGAGUACGUGAUGCUGAGCGCAGUGGUCGCUAUGGUUACCUGUGCGGUCUUCCUCAGGCUGAGCUGCGUGCUGCAGCUGGCCUUCAUGCUGCUGGCGGCCGCUUUUGCCGGUUUGCUGGUGGAGUCGUACAGCAUUCUCAACUCCCAUCACCUGUGCAAAAGGGGUGUGUGCAUCAUCCUCAUGGCCAUCUUUGUGGUAGCUGUGCUCUAUAACAGUAGACAGCUGGAGGCAACAGCACGCCUAGACUUCCUGUGGCGUCUGCAGGCGAGGAAGGAGGUGGAGGACAUGAAGGAGCAGCGGGAGCACAACGAGUGUCUGCUGCUGAACAUCCUGCCCGCCCACGUCGCGCAGCACUUCCUGCAAAGGGACACCGACAACGAGGAGUUGUACUCGCAGUCGUACUCCCACGUCGGCGUCCUGUUUGCUUCCCUGCCUGGCUUUUCCGACUUCUACGAGCAGAAAGAACUCGUUCACCAGCAAGUCGAGUGUCUCCGCCUCCUGAACCGCAUCAUCAGCGACUUUGAUGAGCUUCUGGAUGAAUGCUACUUCCAGGAAGUGGAAAAGAUCAAAACCAUCGGCAGCUCCUACAUGGCAGCGUCUGGGCUGUCACCUGACCCAGAGGAGAGCGAAGACAGCUGGAACCACCUGAGCGAGUUGGUUCUGUUCGCUCUGGCCAUGCAGGAGACACUGAAGCACAUCAACAGUUUCUCUGGGAACCACUUUCAGCUGAGAGUUGGCAUUGCCCACGGCCCGGUGAUUGCUGGCGUGAUUGGAGCCACCAAACCGCAGUACGACAUUUGGGGUGCGACGGUGAACCUGGCGAGCAGGAUGGAAACCACGGGCGUGAACGGGAGGAUUCAUGUCCCUGAGGCCACGAGUUGUGUUUUGGUGGAGCGAGGCUUCCUACGGCAGCUGAGAGGAGACAUUUAUGUUAAAGGGAUCAGUGAACGCCAAGGAAAAGUCAGAACCUUCUUCGUGAGCAGCAGAGAUGAGCGGUCGAGCUUCGUUGAGCGUGGCGGAGGACGGGGGCCUGCUCAGAACAGGAACACCCUGGGGGCUGUGGUCUAUAGUCUGGUCCAAGCCAGGAAGAGGGAGAAGCUGAGGGAGGAAAACGGAGGCUUCCACCUGGUGGAAGCAUCGUAGGAGAAGAAGGAAGGCGUUAGCGCCAAGGUCAAGCACAGGAAGUAGGUGCUUCGUCUCUUGAAAAGACUUCUCCUAAUUUGGUGAUGGUGGAGCAUAACUAGAAGUCUUCUUCUGACAGACAGGUUUGUAUGUUAACCUUUUCACAUCUGAGAUGUCUCCGGCGACAGCUAAAUAACACACACUCUUUGACAAACUGUAAAGUUAUGACAAUUUACGGCAGAGAUAUCCAAACUUUUUCGCUCAAUGGGCCAAAAUCAAGAUGGGAUCUCGGUCCACGGGCCAAAUACAAUAAUUUUUUUGCAUGUUAUGAAAUAAAAGCUUAAAAAUAAA